AUGCCGUUUGACCGCCUCUGUGCGGUGAUGGUUAUCGCUUUCGUUGCGGUAACGUCAGCCGAUCCUGAAACCACGGAGGCCGUUCAAAUCUUCGCGCGGCCGUUGCGAGUCGGAGACAUCAUUGUGAUGAAGACUACAAUGGCGCAAGGAUGGCAGCGCUGGAGCUGCUCCCUUGAGACAAAGGAUCACUCGACCGUAUGGUUAAACGCCACCCACCCGGGCUUCGGUGGUUCGCCCACACCCAACGCGAUCACUACCUUUUCGUCAUAUACAAUGGGCAAGCUGGCUAUGCAAAGAAACGACUGGCUUUUUUUUGUGGAGGCUCAACGGGUGGUACUACGCAUGACGAUAUUCACGGAAAGAAGCUUAUUGCUUCAAUACAGCUACCCGAAAUCUGAGCCUGAAUACUGGGUAGAACAUUAUUAUCCGUUACCGGCCGCAAUGGCGGGAGCCAAGCUUGAGGAACUCCAACAAUUCCGGUGCGAGGGCCACAUUCGCGACACGCAUAUCGACGAAAUUGGCUUAUUCCAGCACCCGAUGACAAAACCA